CAGCCACCAAAGCAGGAAUACCAUAAGAAUUGCCCUGUGAACUCAGGCUGUUGUUAAUGCACUGUACAAGAAAACAGUGCUCAAGUCCCAUCAAUUUUAAUUUUUUGGCAUGUAUAUAGAUAUAGACAAUAUAGAUAGCCCAUUGCAACUACCAGUCUUCCCUCCAUUCCACGGUUAAAUGAACAGAAUAAACGGGGGCUCUUCCCAUGAAAUACAGAUGAGUGUCAACUCCUGCUAUUUCCUAGCUCUUUAUAUCCAAAAUUUCACUUCUCAAUCCUCGGAAGUCCAUACCCACUCCCGUGAAUGAAAAAUCCAGCCAAACGUUUCCCAAAAUGGCCUCUCAUGAAACAAUACCAAUUCAAAAUUCAUCAUCCUUUCUUUCUACCAGCACUAUUGUCGCCCUCUGCGUCUUCUUUGCUCUCCUCUGUGCUUGUAUCGUCAUAGGUCACCUCCUUGAAGAGAACCGCUGGGCUAAUGAGUCUAUCACUGCCCUUCUUUUGGGGUUGUGUGCUGGUGCCAUCGUUUUGCUUAUUGAAAAAGGGCAGGAUUCGCGGUUAUUAGCGUUCAGUGAGGAUUUGUUCUUCCUUUAUUUGCUUCCUCCUAUCAUUUUCAAUGCUGGAUUCCAGGUCAAGAAAAAGCAAUUCUUCAAGAAUUUCACUACAAUUUUGUUGUUUGGAAUACUUGGCACAGUCAUUUCAUUCUGCCUCAUAUCACUAGGUGCCUUUCUGCUUUUUAAGAGAAUUGGUCUUACCACUCUUACUCUGCAACAAUUCCUAGCUAUUGGUGCCAUAUUGUCAGCAACUGACUCAGUUUGCACGUUGCAGGUUCUGAGUCAAGAUGAAACACCCUUUCUGUACAGCAUAGUGUUUGGGGAGGGAGUAGUGAAUGAUGCUACAUCUAUUGUGCUUUACAAUGCAGUCCAAUCAUUGAAUUUCAACAACAUUGAUGCCACAAUAACCUUAAAAUUGCUUGGGAACUUUCUUUAUCUCUUCUUCACCAGCACUGCUCUUGGUGUAGUAGUGAGUCUGCUAAGUGCUUUUGUCAUAAAAACACUAUACUUUGGAAGGCAUUCCACUGAUCGUGAAGUUGCACUUAUGAUGCUUAUGGCUUAUUUAUCAUACCUGCUGGCUGAGCUUUUAAAUCUCAGUGGGAUUUUGACAGUUUUCUUCUGUGGCAUUGUAAUGUCACACUACACAUGGCACAAUGUUACUGAAAGCUCUCGGAUAACAACCAAGCAUGCAUUUGCAACAAUGUCGUUUAUUGCAGAAACUUUUAUUUUUGUGUAUGUUGGUAUGGAUGCCUUCGACAUUGAGAAAUGGAAAGGGAGCAAUGCAAGUGCAGCAACUUCAGUUACCAUCAGUGCAACAUUCUUCGCAUUAGUGUUGAUUGGAAGGGCAGCAUUUGUGUUCCCUUUAGCAAAUUUUAUAAAUUGUAUUCAAAAGAGAGACAGUAACAAAAUUGAAUUUAAACAACAGUUUAUUAUGUGGUGGGCAGGACUAAUGAGAGGUGCAGUUACAAUUGCUCUGUCUUAUAACCAGUUUUCAAACACCAAGAAAAUCAGUUCUUCAGAUUCUGCACUAAUGAUCACCUGUACCAUUAUCGUUGUUCUCUUCAGUACAAUUGUCUGUGGCUCUGUGACAAAACCUCUAAUUGAAGCAGUGUUGUUAAGAAAUAGAAAAACAAAUGUUUCAGAUGCAACUGAUAUUCCAAGUCUGGAAGAAGACCUAAGGCAACUUUUCUUUGAAAAUGGUGACUCAAGCGGGCAAGGCAACAAUCAAAUAGCCCCAAGGGCAAGUAGCCUAAGGUUGCUAAUAGCUCACCCCACAAUAACUGUUCACUACUUGUGGAGAAAAUUCGACGACAAAUUCAUGAGGCCAGUGUUUGGUGGGCGAGGAUUUGUACCAUUUGUACCUGGUUCACCAACAGGAGCAGAUGAUGAGACCUCUGCAGCUGUUUAGCGCACACUUGAUAUUUUUUCAUUCAUUAAUUUUUUUUUAGUUAAGCUACUUCUCUGUGCUGCUUAUAAAUAUCUUGUUCAAUUUGAAGAACGUAGUAAGGAAGAAAGAUCUAGCAUUAGCAUUAA